CGACGAAGAAGCACAUCGCAAUGGAUCCCGACACCAUUCUUUCACACGUCGCAUUCACGACAUCGGGGUCACUGGUGGACUGUGUCGACAAAAAAGUCAUCAUCGUGCUUAGAGAUGGAAAGAAGCUGAUCGGGGUGCUUCGCUCGUACGAUCAAUUUGCCAACCUGAUCUUGCACGAAGCCAUCGAGAGAGUCUUUGUCAACAACCGAUAUGCAGAUAUCCCGCAAGGCCUCCUUCUGGUCCGAGGAGAGAAUGUGGUGCUGAUGGGCGAAAUCGAUCUCGACAAAGAGGACGAGGUGCCGCCGUCAAUAUGCAUGCCCGUCCGGCCAGAAGUCAUACCCCAGCUGGUCCAGGCCAGGAAGGUUGAUCGGGAGGCAAAGGCGGCCAUUGAGAAGAGAAAGGCAGAGAUCCUGAGGACACAGCAUGGCUUUUGCGAGGAGGGGCAGGAGGGUGACAGUUACUGAGUGCCAUCAAUCAUUAAUUACCCAACUCCUUCUUCCUCGCUCCGUCGUCCCUUCCCAUCUCUACAUUUUCCUUGGUUUCUACUGUGCUUGGUGGCCCUGGGCUCUGUGAAAUGAGCCACAUUGGUGCCCUGUGAGAGCGAGCAAUGCAAGGUUGCAUGCAUCUCCG